AUGUGGGCCGCGUUCAGGAAGGUCAGUAGCAGCCGCUCCCCCCAUGCUGACCACUCCGCCUCGGGUAACACUUUUAGUGGGGUUGUUCUGGCUAAGAAUGAGGCGCAGCGGCUGACGCAGCGAGUGAGGAGGAGGAGGCUAAGCUGGGGGUCCAUCUGGGCUAGGAGGGGGAGUGGUUCUGCCGCUGCCGCAAGCCGCUCCCUAACCGUGCUGGCGCACCCUUGGGGAGUGCCGACGGGGCUUCCCAAAAUCUGUAACCCCUCUCCUGAGAUGGGGAUGCCAGGCGGCACGGAGGUGGGGUCGAUCUGUGAGGCGGACCAGGCUGCGCACUUGGCCGGGCGCUUGCGCCCGAUCGUCGCGCGUUCCCCCUGCGUGCUCUGCCUCCUCGUCUUCCGGCGCUCUGCUGCCCCGCGUUUCCUCUGCCUCGUGAUGCCUGUGUCACUCGGCCACGAUUUCCCGUACUCGCCCCAGCCCUUUGAUUGGGCGUUUGCUGCACGAGCGUCGUCGGCCUCAUCUGCCUCCGUGGUGACCGCAGCGGAGAUGUCGUCUGCUCCUGCGCCGCCGCCGUCCGCUCCUGCUGUUCCUGCUGUUCGGCCGGCGGUGCUUGCUGUGGACUCGCCGGCUGAGGCGUUGCGUCCGGUGCUUGUUCCGGCGCCUGCGUGCUCCGUGCCUGUCCCUCCGGCCCCUGAAGCUGCUCCUGACCUCCCAGCGCCAGUUGCCGCGUCAGUUGACCCCGUCCUCCAUGCUGCGCCGUCUCCUGCCCUUGUCCCCGCGGCGCCGAUCCAAGCCGAUGGUUCCUCACCGCUGGCGGUGUCCGCCACCACUGGCGGCCCGGCUCCGAUUGCGGGAUCUGGGGAGACCGUUCACUCGGCGCCAGUGGUUCAGGCAGCUGCUUAG